GCUCGCCUGUACCUUGUCACAUUCCACUGAUACUUCACCCCGCUGCUGGAGAAGCCCAGAAACACAAAGGAGAAGCCAUGAGGAACUCAAUGCUGAGGAUGCUGGGCGCAUUGAUGUGCGUUCUGGCUGCCUGCGCCGAUGUCGUGCCUGUUAGAGACUUUGACCUGGAGAAGAUGGCAGGCAAGUGGUACAUUGUUGGCUUUGCUACCAACGCUCAGUGGUUUGUGAGCCACAAGACAGAAAUGAAGGUGGGCACUGCUGUAGUAGUGCCAACUCCUGGAGGAGACCUGGAUCUCUCUUAUGCCAACCUGAAUGCUGAUGGUACCUGCUGGAGGAUGACUCACCUUGCUAAGAAAACUGACACUCCUGGACGCUUCACCUUCCACAGCCAGAUCUGGAACAAUGACAAUGACAUGCGCAUUGUUGACGUCCAGUAUGAUGACUAUGCUCUGGUCCACACCAUCAAGACAAAGGACGGAGUGUCUGAGGUCCUCAAUAAGCUUUACAGUCGUACCCAGGAGGCUAGUGCUGUCAUGCAGCAGAAGUUCAUACAGUUCUCCCAGGAGAAUGGCAUCCUCCCUGACAACAUUGUUAUUCUGCCUAAAAACGGUGAGUGUCCCGAGGUCUGAGGAACGUCCGCCGUCCUCUUUCCUUCAUCGCUUGUGCUCUCAAGUCCCAGGCUUUCAUCUUACAAGAGUCUUACCUUCCCUCCCAUCCUCCCCUCGCUGUGAUGUCUACAUCACAAAGCUAAACCUGAGACAGUGACAGUCAACAUUUUACUCCAGUCCCCUGCUGCACGCCAAAGACCGACCCUGAUCCUAAUUCAGACCUCAUUUUCUACAACUCACGCAUUAUCUGUGGCAUCAGAGUGGAACAACAUAGCGCUGAUUGUGAGAAAAAUGGAAGGGAAACACGUAACUGUGAAAACUGCCAGUUUACUUUUUGUACAUGCGUGUCUUUUAUAACUGCUGAUAUCUUUUAUUGUGUUUUAUCUUUUGUUGAAAUGAGCUCAAAGCCAAUAAAAAAUAUAUAACAAUC